CCAGUUAGCAACCUGCCUGCCCGCAUGUAGCCUAACCUGCUGCUGUCUUCUUCUUGUUUUGUUAGUAGUAAUGGGUUUAAUCAAAGCCAGCCUUAGACUGUUAUCGCUCUGUGCAGUUGGCGUCCUGCUGGUGCUCCUGCUGCGGCAUUGGAUGGCCAGUAAGCAGUACGUUUUUAGCAAAGAAGAUGUUGCUAAGUUGGCCAAGCAGUACGCAGGGCAGGACCAUGAGCAGGCUUUCUCUAAAGUGGUGGUGGAGCUCAGGAAGAGGUAUCCGGGUCACAUCCUGCCAGAUGAGGACUUGCAGUGGGUGUUUGUGAAUGCUGGAGGCUGGAUGGGCUCCAUGUGUCUCCUCCAUGCCUCCCUCACAGAGUACGUGUUGCUGUUUGGUACUGCGGUGGACACUGGAGGACACUCGGGUCGAUACUGGGCAGAGAUCUCUGACACCAUCAUCUCAGGUACCUUUAGGCAGUGGAAGGAGGGAACUACCAAGAGUGAAAUAUACUAUCCAGGUGACACAAUCGUUCAUGAAGUGGGCGAAGCCACGUCGGUCCAGUGGAGCUCCGGGACGUGGAUGGUGGAGUACGGUAGAGGCUUCAUCCCCUCCACCCUUGGCUUUGCUCUGGCAGACACCCUGUUCAGCACCCAGGACUUUGUCACAAUGUUCUACACGGUACGCGUCUACGUAAAGGCGCUGAUGCUGGAGGCCGGCACGUUGCUUACAGAGGCUGGCGUCUUCUGAGGGACGGAAGAUGGACGCACACUUGGAAAUCGAAACACAAUUAAAACCUGCCAUUGGGGCGGGGAGUGGUUAUGCAAAAAUUCCAGCAUGUAAUUUAUGACAAUCCAGUUUGCAGUUUGUCAUUCGCUUUCAAAUCCGGUUAAAUAUACAUUAAUUAGUACCUCGUAGCAUUAGGACAGGCUGCUCAAGUAUAGAAGGUGUUUGAAAAUAAUUCUGGUUCAAUAGUUAUUAGGCCUCGUUUCAGAUUAUUAUCGCAAAAACAAACUUUAUAUCAAGAUGUAGUCAUGGGUCAGACCAAAACCAGUUAAAAUGCCUCAGCACUGUGAUAUUUUUGCAACCUGCACUACAUUUCAGAUUUAGAUUUUCAUCCAUAAACUUGAGCAAUUAAAUAAUGAAAACCUGUUAGUUGCACUCUUUCUUUGUUGCUCUGAUAUUGUGGGUGUAGUGCAAGCUAAUAUUAACUGGGGUAAUUAAUCUGCAGCUAGCGCCUCUUGUAGCUUGUUUCCCUAAAAGAAGAUAAAAUGUCUUUUCAAGUUUCCACACUGGCUCACUCCCUCUCUUCUUUUCAUCACCAGAAAGUUUCAAUUUUGUCUUUUUUUCCUCGGCUUUCAUUCAGCUGACCAAUCAUGUGCAGCAUCAGAUGGUAGACUGGGAGAACCGCUUUAAACUAUGUGCCAAAGCCAAACUUUUUCAAUAAAAGACUUUUAAACAGGAGGAAGGAUAACAGUUGAUCAUGUUUAGUAGUUUUCAAACCAUACAUUUUAAAAACUAAUGAACCAUGAUACUGCUAACAAGCCCAUACCUCAUCUUAUCUUUAUGCAAGUUUAUUCUGUGAGGUGGAUUUCAUAACGAUAUUUUAAAUGCAUCACACAAACUAGCACCAGGAAGAGAAAUAUAAUUUUUUUUCUUAAUGCACUCUUUCAUGUUAGACCGUCCUCUAUUCCUUUUAUUGAAAACUUAUCAAAUCUGACAAGAUAUGUGGAUGAAAUCUAUGUCAAUAUUCAUUGUAUUCUAUCUGCCAGCUACGAACCCGGUAGCCUUGUUGUAACUACCUUUGAUUGUGUUGAGGCAAUAACUAAAUGACCAUUCACACUACAUGGGUGUAUGCUGUCUAUGUCCAAUGAUUGGAAAUCAACUCACAUUUAUGUUCCGUCAGAUUUUAGAUGUUUCUCUGAAUUAGUUUUAAGAUUGAUUUAGAAAUCAUAUCACAUCUGUGUGGAAGUCUUAUUCAGCCCAGGAAACAUUGCACUGAAAACCUGUUCUUCCAUGUUUUCUUUUUGUGUUUUUUUUUCACUUGAUUGUUAUAAAAAUCUUGUACAUCUUUUAAGAAUGCAUCCUAAUGAGGACACUAAAUGACAAAAAUCACUGUGUUUGGCACCACAUGUGAACAUCUUAGCAGUGAAAUUGGUGACUGUAUCUGCAGCUGAACCCAGUAUCUCUGAGAAACCAGCCUGCUUUUCUAACAUGAUGAUGAAUCAUUGGUUAUACUGUACUGAAUCAGUUUACAUGCACACAUGUGAGGAACAUAUUGCUGUAUUUCUGUGCAAUAUAAAGAUUGAAACUGAUAAUGAAUAUACAAAUCUGAAUAAAAUCAAA